AUGACACAACAAUGCUGUUUGGCAUUGGUUUUAAUGGAAACACCAGCACCACCACCAUUACAACAACAGAAUUUCGAACCCCAACCAACAUCAACAAAAACAGGAACAGAAAAUCUGCCAGCUGCCGUUGUCGAGGAUAAUUCAACAAAUCAAACAAAAAUUGUCCUCAGGACAACAAACUCACCCUCGACCUCAAAUCGUUUACCACCACCCAAGAGGGUUGAACUUAAUAAAUGUUGUCUAUUUGCUGAAUAUUUGGAUAAAAGCAAAACAUGUAUGCCAGGGGCAACAGAGAAAUGGAUACCCUUGAUAUAUUUAAUAAAUCGCAAAGACUACUAUCGGCCACAGGGUUCAAGUCCGAAAUUCAUUACCUUCCAGGAUAAUGUGUUUCCCAUAAGUCAGGCCCGUGCUUUAAAUGAACCCCCAAAAUAUGACGAUGAUGAUGACGACGACGAAAAUGUUUCCUGUACCGUAGACGACUUGGUCCUGUACACUGGCACCAACAACUUCAUCAUAUUUUCCAAUGGUUCGUUGUUCCUACCCGAUCGUGUUGUUUCCAUACCACCACAACGUUAUUGUGUCGAUCAACAAGCAGCCUUGGUGUGUUUUCCCAAACCUAAACAUCCCGAGCCCACUUUGAAGUUGAAAAAAUGUUGCCUCCAUGGAGUCUAUGAUAAACAGUUGGAAAAAUGUCAAAUCGAUGGAACGCGCAACAAUCAAUUGAAUCUAUCACUGGCCCAGAAUGUCAGCUAUCAAACUAUCUAUGGCUUUCCGGAAUGUAAGGAAGGAUCCACAACCUAUGCCAUAGCAGGCAGCUGGUCCCCCGAUCAAUUGCUAUCCGAUGUAACUGGCCACUUCCAUUUGCCGCACUAUAGCGUGAAUCUAUCCUCCGAGGACUAUUGCCUUGAGAAUCUACUUUCCCCCAACAAUGGCAGCGAGGAAUUGAAAGUUUUUGCCUGCCUCCAUCAUUUUGUCAAAGAAAACAACACCAAAUAUGAUGGUCAUCAUUUUGCUGCUAUCAGCUCUAGCCUGGUCAUAUCUGUGAUAUUUUUGGCUGCCACCCUAGUGGCCAGUUAUCUAAUGCCCUCCGUACAUCAUGUCCUGCAUUGGAGAUGCCAAAUCUACUAUGUGUUCUGCCUGUUUAUUGCCGAGUUCCUCUACACUUUUACUCUAUAUUUUCCAUUCUCCAUUAUGGAUGUGGCCCCUUGUAAAUUGGUGGCCUCGGCAAUGCAUUUCUUUUUCCUGGCCGCCUUCUUUUGGCUCAACACAAUGUGUUUCAAUAUUUGGUGGACAUUCCGUGAUUUUCGCCCUAGUUCCUUGGAAAGGAAUCAAGAAAUGAUACGUCUACGGCUAUACUCGGCCUAUGCCUGGGGCAUACCUCUACUAAUCACCACAAUUGCCGCCUGUGUCGAUCUGGUACCCGAAUCAUCGCUGUUGCGUCCUGGUUUUUAUGCCAAAUCACCUUAUCUAGUUUGUUGGUUCAACAGUGGACGUUUACCCAUCUUUGCCUAUUUCUUUGGUCCUGUGGGCAUUCUACUGAGUAUCAAUAUUAUGCUAUUCAUCUCCACCACCCAUCAACUGACCUGUGGUCUGUGGAAACGUGACGAUGUCAAAUCGACUACAGAGAAGACGGCCUUGGGUAAGGUUUGCCUUAAGCUGGUCGUCGUAAUGGGCGUUACCUGGAUAGUUGAUGUUCUGUCGUGGUUGAUUGGUGGCCCGAACAGCGCUUGGAUUGUCACCGAUAUUGCCAAUGCAUUACAAGGUGUAUUCAUAUUUCUUGUGGUCGGCUGUCAACCACAAGUAUGGGCAGCAUGUCGGCGUUUUUGUUGCCCCCGUUCGCGUCAAGAGAUCACAAAUACCACAAAUGGGGUACAGCAUUCUUCGUCGUCACAAGGUUUACCUUCGCUGGCAGCUUGCGGUGGCGAAAUAACACAAAAUACUUCAGUGCAUAAUACAACGCUGGGCGGCGGUGGAGGAGGAGGCGCAGGCAAUAACAGUCUUGGUAACCAUACACCGGCAACUGCGGUAACCACAACAUCUACAUUGAAAAAAAUUCCCAUGGAGACUUUGGUGUCAGAAGUAUUGCCAUUUUUGGCCUUUUCGAAAUCGAAAACCAUUUCGUUUAAUGAUUCUGCUUCGAUUUUAGGUUCUGGAACUGAGCAGUUGUGCCGCCUAAAUUUGUCUGCAGGUUCUAAUGUCCUCGGCU